AUGGACUUGCCUGAAGGCCGCGCGCUGGGAUCCCCCUCUCCUACACCGGACUCCCCAAUGCCCUUUGUUUCUUUCGGGGGUUCAUUUGUCGAACGAGUAUUUAAACCUACAAUCUACGACGAUGUGGAAGACCCCGAACAAUACACGGCCGGCGGGCUUCACCCAGUCCAUCUUGGAGAUCUACUUGGAAACAACAAUCAAUAUAAAGUUAUUCACAAGCUGGGAAGUGGCGGAUUUGCUACAGUAUGGCUCUGUCGAGACCUGGAGAAAGAUGUGUACACAGCUUUAAAAAUUAUGAUUGCAGAUGUAUCUAAAGAUGACUGCGCCGAACUGAAAUUGCUCAGGAAGACCUGGGACAUGGAGGAAGUUGGCGGCAAACAUAUUGCCAUACCUCUCGAUUAUUUCUGGAUUGACGGCCCAAACGGACACCAUCUUUGUUUGGUACUGCCUGUUCUAGGCCCGCGAGUGUCUGAAAUAUGGGAUACUUUCAAAGAUCCCAGCACACUUUCUAGAAAGAUUGCUCCACAAGUGGUACAUGGCCUGCAAUUUUUGCACAACCAUGGUAUCUGUCAUGGUGACUUGCGCCCCUCAAAUAUCCUUCUUCGAGUGUCAGAUAUCAGUAGUCUUAGUGAGGAAGAGAUCAUCGAGGAGUUUGGAGUGCCCCAAAAGGACCCAGUUCUCACGGCGUUAGGCGAGAGCUAUGAGCUACCUUCUGCACCAAAAUACCUGGUACGACCAAUAGACACUGCAUCAAUCAAUCCGCAGUACCUAACAGACCAAAUCUGUAUUAUCGACUUCGGUGAGUCGUAUGAUUCUUCGGCUCCUCCUCAAGAACUAGGCAUUCCGCUGUCGUACUGUGCACCAGAAAUAAUAUUUCAUAAUCCAGCUGGGCCUGCAAGUGACAUAUGGGCACUUGCUUGUACACUUUACGAAAUACGGAGCUGCAAACAAGUUUUGUAUGCAGGAUUUGGAGAAGAGGAUGAUGUUUUACUGCAGAUGGUCCAGCUAUUUGGGAAACUCCCAGAACCCUGGUGGUCGUCAUGGGAGAAACGGCACCUUUGGUUCAACGAAGAAGGUAUACCAGAUAAGCUUCUCGACAAUGGGAUGCCUGCUGCUAACCGGCAUACACUCGAGGAAUUCCUCGCCGAGGGUCAUCAUUAUACCUAUUUUGCUGAUGGUCUCUUUUCAGGAGGGGACGGUGAGAAGAAAAGUUUCACCCUUCCUACAGAUGAGAUCAAGGAUUUCGUAGAUCUUUUGGGUCAAAUGUUCAAGUACCGGCCGAAUGAGCGCAUUACUGCGGAGGUCGCCGCAACCCAUCCAUGGUUACAAGUUUCGAGAACGUCGAGUACCUUGAGAGGGGAGCAAGAACGGAUACCUCCACCGACUACCACCUCGAUAGGUUAA